AUGAAUGACCAAGACCCAUGCUGGCCGUGCGACCAAGAUGUAAUUGAGAAACUGCCUCCUUGCCCCUUACAAUGCAGAUCUGAGAAGUGCAAGGCAUUCAAAAGAAUUUCCUUGGAAGGCAUACCAAUAAUAUGGGUGCUCGGCGGCCCAGGUUCGGGCAAGGGCACGCAGUGCCAGAAAAUCAUAAGCAAGUAUGGAUUCAUACUUUUGUUGACUGAUGAGUUGGUUCGUGAUGAGGUGAAGUCAGGGUCGGUGCGAGGAAAGUGUCUGUCUAAGAUUUUGGAGCGAAAUGACACAGCUCCAAGUGAUGUUAUCAUCGAUCUGCUGAAAGACGCCAUCUACAGAAGCGCCAGGGCUGCUAAGGGCUUCCUCCUUGACGGGUUUCCGAAAGAGAAGAGCCAAGCCGUCAUGUUUGAGAAAAGAAUUAGACCCUGCACGCACACCUUGACGAAGCGGAUCAUGAAACGCGAGCCCACGAACGAGCAAGCACUUAAACAGAAGGUGAAGGCAACGUUUGAAGUUGACGAACUGCUGUUGGCUGCGUAUUCUGAUAAAGCGUUCAGAAUAAAUGCUGAGAAUGAUGCAGAUACAAUGUUCCGCGAGCUGUCGGAGAUCCUAGACUCAUUCAUACCUAAGAACGCCGGAGCCAAUGUCUUACCAUAG